AUGUCAAAAGAAAAAUUGAAACCACAGAAUACUACCCCAACUUGGUGUGGAAAACAUUCCAUAACAGCUACAUGCACUCAUUACGAGAAAGUGGCAAACAACACGCAAGGACAUGUCAACCAAAAUCGAAGACACUACGAUAGAGAGCACCACUACGUCCGAGGUGAAGCAAUUGAUGGAGAAGAUGGAGAAGCUUUGGGAAUCACGUCAAUGAUCAACGAAUCAACGGAGAAGCUAUCGAACACGAUUUUCACGGAGACUCUUGCCACAUCGGCUUCAAUCAAAGAUGACUUGAGGGAGACGUUCGUCGAAUGGAAGCAGACCAUUGAAGGAAUGAUCAACCAAAAGCUCAAUAAGCUGAAGCGAGCUGAU